UGUAUGGUUUGUGUAAGGGGAAAUGUGGCUGUCUUGACACCAGCAGUUUACUGAAGCUCUUGGAAAACAGGGCGUGACAUGCGGCAGGCCGGCUGACUCAGCCAAUUGGCACUCCUGUAUGGGUGGAAACGCUCCGGCUCUUGUCCACCGGCAACAAAGAAGAUGGAAGGUGUGUGAGAGAGAGAGAGAGCGCACACAUACAAAGAAGAGGGAAGCUUCACAGGAAAACACAGGCAGUAAAUCAGGCUGUGAGGGAGGUAUGUAUACGACUGGCUCCACCUCCCACCUCGGUCUGAGAGCGCAGGCUGGUUGACCUGAGAGGAGGGGAGAGAGGGGGGAGGCAGGAGCAGACUGAGCUCAAAUUCAUUUCUGCCGCUGCUCCUGGAAGCGCAGCACACUGAAGGAGUGUAACGUGGGGGAGCCGGGAGCUGGACGCACACACUGUCAAAUGGAUUAUUCUCAGACACACUUGAGAAGUUGGACAAUAGCAGAACACCCAGGGGACUUGUUCAGACAACUUCUUUGUGACUGUGACAAAAAGAAGGAAAACCUGCUGCCUUUGAAGCAAAUAUGGACUGACUGAGAGCUGUUUGCUGCUUGAUUCAUUCAGGUCUGGCUCACUCUGACAGACCCGGGACUGGCACAGACAACUGAAGAUGUAAACAUGUGGGGUUGAAUUUUAACAGCUGCCUGUCACACAGUUACACCACAGUGGGAUUCAAUAGUUGGCAUGUACAUUCUUCUAUAGAUGUCCAGCUGGCCUAACCACUCAUGAAAAUACAUUCCUGCAGCACAGCCAUCCCCUCAACAAUGCACUCAGCUGACUGAUCUGCUGCACCCAACAGCAUGGAAAGCAUCAGUGUGGAAACAGCCUGGGACGGGCUGGGCCUCUCCUCGGCGUUUACCCAGGGACGCGUCAACAACUUCUCCUCGUUUGUUUCUGAACUCAACUCGCUCAACAGCACUCACAGCGGGGGCUCCUCCUUCGGCCUCUUCUUUGAGAAUAGCUCCACCACCAGCUCGCCUCACACUCUGUCCCCACCCAGGGUGCGGGACGUGGGGCUGGCCCGGGCGGAGAUCGCCGUCCUGGGGGUGAUCCUGGCCCUCACCACCCUGGGAAACAGCUUUGUGCUCUGGGUGUUACUGCGCCGGAGGAAGCACAACGCGCCCAUGCACGUGUUCAUGGUCAACCUGUGUGUGGCUGACCUGGUGGUGGCCUUUUUCCAGGUCCUUCCACAGCUGAUUUGGGACAUCACAGAGAGAUUCCAGGGGCCUGAUAUACUGUGCCGCUGUGUCAAGUACUUGCAGAUUGUGGGCAUGUUUGCCUCAUCUUACAUGAUAGUUGCCAUGACAGUGGACAGGCACCACGCCAUCUGCUGCCCUUUGCAGGCUUAUCGCGGGGGGGUCAUGUCCCGCUGGAACACACCGGCCAUGGUGGCUUGGGGGCUGGCCCUGGUCCUGAGCAUACCACAGGUGUUCAUCUUCUCCCGCUCUGAAGUAGCUCCUGGAGAGUUUGAGUGUUGGGGGCACUUCACCGAGCCGUGGGGACUCAAGGCCUAUGUCACCUGGAUGACUGUGGCUGUGUUCCUGCUGCCCGCCCUCAUCAUCACCAUUUGCCAGAUAAGGAUCUUCAGGGAGAUUCACAAUAACAUCUAUCUAAAGUCGGAACGCAUGGUAAUGGCCGAACUGAAGAAGAAUGAGAUCCUGUUUCGGUUUAAUAGCUUUAAAAAAGAUGAGGAGCGGAGCAACAGGGAGCGGGUGCGGCGGGCGUCUACGGCAGGGAGCAGAGACACAAGAGGGCCCCAGCAGCUUUUAAAGGGUGUCAAUAACAACUCCCACACCGACAGCAAAACAGUGGAGUGUUAUGACUAUGUCCCUUCAUCUCUGCAAUACAGCAGCUGCCACACUGACCAUGUAACAAACACAACUACUCUAAACAGCUCUGAAUGUCAGGAGCCCAAUACCUCAUAUGAAGUGGAGCCGAGCUCUCCACGCUGUUCACUUGAAUACACCGCUCCACCACAGCCACGCCCCAGCACCCCACCCCCCAGCAUCACCAAAGCUAUGUCCAAAACCGUCCGCAUGACUCUGGUCAUCGUCCUGGUCUACACUGUCUGCUGGUCUCCAUUUUUUAUUGUGCAACUAUGGGCAGCAUGGGACCCCCACCCUCCAGACCAAGGUGUGGCCUUCACUAUUCUGAUGCUACUGGCCAGUCUGAACUCCUGCACCAAUCCCUGGAUCUACACAGCCUUCUCCAGCAGCGUGUCCAGAGAGCUGCAGCAUCUGCUCCGUUGUGGCUCCCGCUCAGCCCGAAGGGGCUCUCUGCCUGAUGACUCCACGGCCACACACACUUCCACCACCAAGGACACCAUGUACUGACACACACUAAAGAAGUACACACACACCUUUGAGGAGCUGGUUCUCUCACUGCACCUCUGUCCUGGGACAGAGCACUGACCUCCACCAGAUGUUUCCCUGGCUGCACUGUCAACAGGACCUGUGUGUAAUCUCACAGCCCCUCCUCGGCACGGUGAAGGGUGUCAUUGAAGAUGUCAGCACUAGAUUAUGGGGGCACCGGAGGAUACGCUGAAACAGCCUGUGACAGCAUCUGCAAUCCGAGAUGCCCUUGAAUGUUGACAUUCUCACCUCAGCUGCAUUAGAGCCAGUCCUUUUGCAUUAAUACCAACAAGCGUCUUGGCCUUUUGAGUGAGCAGUGCUACAGGAAUGCACGGCCAGACGCUUCAUAAUGGUCUUUGGCCACGCCUAAUGUGCAAAGCAGCAGAUGCGUCUGAGGUAUGGCCGUAAUAAAAACAAGGAAAGGGAGGAUGACACACAUGUUACAGGAGCUGCCCCAGAAGGCUGCAGAAAUCUAAUAAUGUGAACAAACUUUGUUAAAUCAAAGAAAGUAGAUUAGAGGUGAAUGCUUUGAGCUGAAUGAAUAUUCUUAGGAGGAAUCCGGUUUGAAGGAACAACAGUGAUUUGUUUUAGCAGUGGGCAGAGCUGCUCAGUGAGGACAGACAUUGCACCUUGAGAAAAUGCAGCUCCACGGAUCAAUGCAAAGACGUUGAGGGGGCAUCGCCACACACGCAAACAUGCGCAUGCAAGAGGGCCAUACAGCUCAUAAUCAUACAAAUGAACAAUCCAGGUUUCCGCAACCAACCGGGACACAAUUAUGUGUUGUAUUCUGUACAAACACAAGUUUGAGGUACACCAAUGACCUUCCUGUUAGCUGCUGGACAAACAUGGACAUUAGGUGCACAGGCAGGAAACAGGUCCAUUCCAUGUAUAGUAAUGACAGUGUAAAGUGUAUUUAUUUAAACAUGUGGCACAUGACACAUUAUUAUUUGUAAGCUAGCUAUAUACUGAAUGUAAGUGCAAGAUUCUCAUUUAGCUAGAGUCUGUCCCAAAAGGGUUUUUCAGGUCUUAAAAGCAGAUGACCAUGUUCACUUUGACCUCCAACUUGUCCCACAAUGCAGUUUUUCUUAUUGUGUGUAAGAUGCCUCCCAUGGUAGCCGUUACAACAAAUAAAAUACAUUUGUUCAGAUUUAGGUAUUAAGUAGUUGUAGAACUAGAAAUAUAUUGUAUCACAUAAGAAGUGGAUUACAGAUUGAAGAGCAAACUGCAUUUAUUUCUUUUUUUUAAUUUAAAACCUUUACAACAGUGUAGAAAAUGCAUAACAUAUGAGAAAAAUGUGAAAACUUUUAAAAUGACAUUGCACAUUAACAUUGGAGUGAAGUAUACGUUGUGCAUUGACAUUGUACAAUAGAGCUGUAGUGUGGCCGUAGCCAAUGUUCAGUCACUUCAUGUCAGUGUUUAGAGAGAGACAAGUGCUGUCAGUCCAAGUGCCUGUAACGUCUGCUGACAUUUUGAGCAGGGGCUCCCUCCUCCUCUGGAUUAAUGUUCAAAUGAUGUCAGCACUGUUAUUCUUAGAUGGAGCUACCACCGUCCGCAGCAGGAUGUUUGGACAUGUUAUAUCACACCAUGAGCCAUAUUUCUAUAAUGCUCUAUUUAUUACUUGUAAAUAUCAUGAUAAUCUCAGUACUGUAUGUCUGUAUGUACAGUUUUGAUAUCACUUUUUGUGCAUAAAGGUAUU